AAACAGUGUCGUAAAAAAUAUUUUUUUCAACCGUAAGCCAAAACCAAAUUCUAGUUUCUUCUUCUUUGGUUUCUCUGACUUUGGUGUAACAAUGGCGAAUUCUGAGUUGAAAUCCGAUAAUUUGUUUGAGAUGAUGAAGGGUCACUUGGCUAGUGAUGCUGGUAAAGAGCUCACCAAGAAGAUUGGCCUAGUUUACCAAAUCAAUAUUGCCCCCAAGAAAAUGGGGAUUGAUGAGGUUUCUUACGUUGUUGAUCUCAAGAAAGGAGAAGUUACCAAAGGUAAAUAUGAAGGGGGAAAGCCUGAUGCUAUUUUUUCCUUCAAGGAUGACGAUUUCAUAAAGGUAGCCACUGGAAAGAUGAAUCCCCAGAUGGCUUUUAUGAGGGGUGCAAUGAAGAUUAAGGGGAGCUUGAGUGCAGCGCAGAAAUUCACUCCUGACAUUUUCCCAAAGCCUGCAAAGAUGUGAGCAGAGAUGCUAAUGUGUUAUGUAUUAGUUCUUUCUGUUUGUUGCCAUAGUCGGAAAAUUA